AUGAGUAUUUUCUUACUUCCUUCCUUCUUGAUUGAUGAAAUUGAAAAAAUUUUGAAUUCGUUCUGGUGGGGUCAUACAAAAGAUAAUUCAAAAGCUAUUCAUUGGUUAUCGUGGGACAGGUUGUCUAUGCCUAAGAAAGUUGGUGGUAUGGGGUUCAAAAAUCUAAGUGCUUUCAAUUAUGUCGUGUUAAGCAAACAAGCUUGGAGCCUUAUGACUAAGCCUAACACUCUGGUUUCGUGCCUUUACAAGGCUAGAUACUUUCCCAAUUGUGAUUUUCUAAAAUCAGAGAUUGGACAUAAUCCGAGUUAUGUUUGGCGUAGUAUUUGGAGUGCUAAAUUUAUGGUGCAAGGAGGUUACAAAUGGAGCAUUGGUACGGGCGAGUGCAUCUCGGUUUGGGAUCAAAACUAG